AUUCUUUGAUACAAAUGUUAGCUUCAAAUAACAAUCCCUAUCCCAGUCUUGGAUCCUAAAAAUUCCACCUUAUCUUUACUUCUGAAUUUACCAAUGUUAUAACCAUCCCAUUCCCUUCCUAUUUUGGUCCGUGUAUGAUCUUUAAAUUUUGAAGCUCUUAUUACUCAGGGAUCAUUGAAGAGGUACGGGUACAGCUGAAAUCACCCAGUCUUCCAGAGGAGGUAGAAGAAGGGGUACGGGUUACCCUCAUCUGCAAGGCUAGUGGUAACCCUGAACCGGAAGUCACCUGGUACCAUGACCAAACACUGGUUACUGCUGGUUCCAACAUUGAUUUCAUUGGUAAUAAGAUGAAGAUCAAGAGCGCCACCGCCCUCGAUAGUGGUACUUAUUCCUGCCAGGCAUCCAAUGUAGCCGGUACCACACCCAGCACAGAUAAUAUCCAGUUUAAUAUUGUGGAUUCCAAUUUGCCAGUUGUUGAGGUGGCACCCGCUGAUGCUUUGCGUGUUCUAGGAGACUCUAUCGUGUUCCAUUGUCAGUUUAGUGGAGAUCCAACGCCACCGGUAGAAUGGUAUUUUAUCAAAGAUGGAGAGACUCCAUUAGCCCUUAUGAAUGACACAGAAACUGGGACAUACAUCCAAGGGAACGGAAGUCUUAGUCUUGACAAUAUAAUAGCUGAUGAUGAGGGCGUAUUUCAGUGCGUAUGUAACAGCCCUCAUGGACGACCGCAUGCCAGUGCCAGACUGACUAUAGCAACGUUGAACCCUCUACCAGAGUUCGAAGACCAAUUAAUCCCAGAAGGCAACACAAAGAGCAUAAACUGCUUGUAUCCAGAAGGAACAGAGUCUGGUAUUCCUGCACCAUCCAUACAUUGGCUGAAACCAAGCAUGCGUGAGGUACCUUUAGAUGAAACCAAGAGGAUACGUGUGGAAGAGGAACGAAAUCUUCUCGUCUUCGAUCCUAUCAAGAAAUCUGAUGAAGGCAACUAUACAUGUGUGUCCAGUAACAUGGCUGGUGAAACUACACAGAUACUUCAAGUUAUGGUUGCUACUGUACCAAAGAUUACCACCAAACCUAUGGAUGUCCACAUCCGAGAGAAUCAAGAGGCCACACUUCAUUGCAAUGCUACUGGGACACCUACACCAACCAUCAGCUGGACAUUUGGAAAUAAAGCUAUCUCAAAUAAGCAAGGUAUUGAUUUACUGGAUGAUGGAUCCCUUGUAAUCAACAGUGCUACAACUCGACACAAUGGGACAUAUACAUGUAGAGCUACAACAGUAGCAGGAAUAAAAACUGCAUCUGCUACCAUCUAUGUUGAAGCUAUUUUGAGGUUCAAUCCACGCCCCAUUACUGCAACGACUUUAGACCGUGGUGAGGUCAAUCGCCUAGUGUGCCAUGCUACGGCUAGUAUCCAACCUCAUAUUGUCUGGUACAAGAAAGGUUUGAUUGGAUCAUGGCCAGAUCACAUUUCUGAACCUAACCUAGGAGUUCUGGAAUUUGACCCAGCUCAAGCGAGUGAUGCUGGAACAUACAUCUGUAUUGCAUCCACUGGUCUUGAAAGGAUUAAUUCCACUGUCAGAAUUGAAGUAGUUGUUAAACCCAAGUUCAGAAUCAUCCCGAACAACACCAUAGGAUUUGAGGGCUAUUCUCUGAAGAUUGACUGCACAGCGUAUGGAGACCCUGAACCAACAAUUACCUGGAUGAGUAAACCAAUCAUAAAUUACCCUGAUCAUUUCACUCAUCUACCUAACGGUACCCUCAUCAUCCAAGAGGUUUCUGCUAAUGAUGCUGGUAGAUAUCAGUGUAUUGCCGGUAGUGAUGCGGGUCUCAAUACAACAGAGAUAACACUAUCUGUUCAAAAGGGUACACCUCCUGAUCAGCAGCCAGUCCCAGCUCAGGUCAUGACUAGAACCAUAGCUAUCGCCGUCGGGUGUGCUGCAGCCUACAUCUUCCUAGUAGUUGGUCUCAUGCUGUGGUGUCGUCAGAGACGUCGGCGGUACAGACGAAAGAUGAAGAACAUGGAGAAACCCAAUGGGACAGUAGCAGGAGGAGCCAAUAAUAAGAUGUUAAAUGAUUGUCAUGAUGGAGAGAAUGGGAAGGUUGCUGAUGGAGAGAUAGCUUUGAAUCCUACUCCAUCUAAGAAUCAUCAAAGAGGGAGCUAUGAUAAACUCCAGUUCCCAAGACAUGAUAUGCAGACCAUCACUACUAUAGGUCAUGGAGCCUACGGCGAGGUAACGCUAGCGAGGGCAGCAGGCAUCAAAGAUGGUGAGGAGGCUACUACAGUGAUGGUCAAAGCUCUACAGACCAAAGAAGAGUCAUUACAGUUAGAUUUCAGACGAGAGAUUGAGAUGUUAGGCAAGCUGAAUCAUGAGAACAUUGUGAAACUCCUGGGUGUGUGUAGGGAUAGUGAACCACAACUCAUGAUCACAGAGUAUUUAGAUUGGGGUGAUCUGAAGCAGUUCUUGCAGGCAACACGUGGUGAGAAUGGCACCAAGAACGUACCACCUCCGUUGACCCUUAGUCAGAAGAUAGACAUAGUCAACCAAGUAGCUCUAGGUAUGGAGACCCUGUCAGCCAAUCGGUUUAUUCAUGGUGAUCUAGCUGCUCGUAACUGUCUUCUAUCACCUUCAAUGGAGGUGAAGAUCUGUACCAUGUCUGUAAGUCAAGAUCUCUACCGCCCAGAGUACCAUGAGUACCACCAGAAGCUCAUCCCGGUCCGCUGGAUGCCAGCAGAAGCCAUCUUUGAGGAUGAGCUCUCUGCAAAGAGUGAUGUCUGGGCUUAUGGGAUCUUUGUAUGGGAGGUAUUCAGUCAGGGAAUGUUACCCUAUUCACAGCUGGAUAACGAUGCUGUGAUGAGAGCCAUGAUAGAUGGUGAGUUGAUGCUGGAGACGCCAUCGGAUACACCAGAGGAGAUAGAGCUGAUGAUGCAUCGAUGCUGGGCUGAUAGUCCUAAAGAUCGUCAUAGCUUCUCCGAGAUCACCCAUCACCUUGGACGCAUCUCAACUGAUAGCCGUGUAUAGCUACCUACAUACAGUACAGGUUAUUGUUAUGCAAUAUCAUCAAGGAUCUCUGAAGCCAGGUGUUCUGCAUGCGCAUCUUUUUCAGCGAGUUGAAGAAACUUGAGAAUAUUCAAUGUGCUGGCUACUCAAUAGUCAAGCAGAAACCAACAUAGUGCGUAGUCGUGUGAACCAAGUCUGAGGACUUGAAGCUAAUAACUUUGUUUGCUUGAUAGAGCAGAAAAAAAGUUCUGUGAGGACUGCAAACCAACUAAUUGGACUUGAAAUGAUGUAUGCAAAAAUGUAAAUGAACUGUCUUAUGUUUGCAAUCCAUCCUCCUUUACAUACAUUGUAAAGUACUAUGAAAAGGAAAAGAUAUACAGUAGAAAAAUCAUGUGGUGUUUUAAUUUGUAUUUGUGAUUAUGUAAUAAUUGUAAACGUGUCCAGUAUUUUUUAUUAAUUCAUAAAACCAAGAGCAACUCAAAUUUUUUUAUCUGAUAGAUCCUUGUAGCAGACAUGUGGAAAUGUGACUUAAGGAGCGGUAUGCAACUUUUUGGUAUGACAAAAUGGGAGAUAGGUACAAAUGAAAAUUUGAAGCAUUAACAGUGAAAUAAUGGGAGUAAAUGAAUUUUGUCUAAAAUAUGGUGUUAUGGAGAUGUUAUAUAAAAUUGAUAGAUGAUUAACGUGACGUAUAAAUGUUGCAAUUCAUAAAACUGAAAACUGUAAGUUAUGCACAAAUUAAAAGCAUGACAGGUGACCUGUUUUUUCCCAAUUUUCCCUUGUUGAAGGUGGGACUGAAUCUCCUAUAAACCUCACAAAAGAAAAACAUUAAACAUUGCAUUUACGGUAGAUGGUUAAGAACUCAAAAUUAUUGUGAAUCUGCUGUAGCAACCAAGAACAGGUCACCUGUCUCUCACAAAGAGCUUCAUGAAAUACCUUUCAGAUAUCACAACAAAGGUUCUUACAAAUAUGCAUGAGAACUUUAUAAAGGAAGUUCUCCAAAGUGCUCUGAUUUUGUAAAUGAAAGAUUCUAUUAUAAAGUUUCUUUAUAUGAGUGUGUAAAUUGCAAUCUAGACGAAACAAUAAUAGUUGAUGACACAGAGUAGACUACUGCCUCAUUUAGUAAUCAGUAUUCAAUAUUCCUGUUGAUGUGUGACUUUAAUAUUAUGGAUUAUUCAACAGCUCAAUGCACUGCAGAGUACAAGCUAAUAACGUCAUAGCACAAAAAUAUGAAAUGAAUAUUUGUAAAUAGUUGCACUUGUUUGCCAGUAGUAUAGAUUAAGUACCUUGUAGGAAUAUAUGUAUCUUUUAAUAUCAGGUUUCUUAUGACACUGCUCUCAAAUUAUGAGAUAUGGAUGAAAUUCAUGAAAUAUAUGUUCAUUGAAAUGAACAUUUGGUAGUAUAUGCUUCCAGUGUCUAUAUGCGAGUUCCACCCAAAGAGAACUGAUUGAAUGUACUGGUUAACUGAAGUCACAUGGUUAGUGAAAACGCAUUGAAGUCAUUGUCUAGUUAUUUUUAUGUAGUUCUUGUGACAAAGGGAAAUUAAUAAUUCAUUAAAGAUUUAAUUGACCAACUUCCUGUAGUUUUCAUACUAAUUGAUGUUAUCAGACCAAAUAUUCUUGGACCAGCUUUGAAUUAUCCUUUUCCUGUAUUAAAUGAAAUUCAAGACACUCUGUCCAUCCAUAUCAUUUUGUCAAAGAAAUUAAUCAUUUAUUGUUAAGUUGAUCAAAUUAAUUGCAAUUCUUUUCAAAACAGCUCCCUCCCCCAAACUGUGCAAAACAAAGAUUAAAAAAAAGUUAGUAUAUUCCUCCUCAGUAUGCUGCAACACAUGGGCCAAAUAUGUUUAUAUCAGAAGAGUGUUUUUUGUGUUGAAACAACAUUAAAGGUGCUAGUGGAACAAAUUAAAAACAAUCUGUGAAUAUUUCUUGUACUAGGAAUUACCCACUGAUAUAUUUUAGUCAAAUAUAUGUUAGCUUUUUCUUCCUUCAACUCUUUUUUUAAAUCAAUUUUAAAUAUAUUCUUAAAUUCCAUUGCAGUUUUUACUUAUACAUUAUUGUCCCCACCUCUUUUCCAGAUGAAAUACCUUUAAUCUAAAUUCUAUACCAAAUCAAACAACAGUACUUUAUUUGUUUAUAUUGACUUGUACUUACUACUGUCCUUUGUUAUUAACGUUAGUACUAUUAUUGAAAUUGUAUUGACAUCUGUGACAUAAUCAUAAGUUCAAUUUUAAAUGAUUUUUUUGUUAAUGUUUAUAUACAAAAUGAGUUAAAAAGUAAUUUUACUCUUAUCUCAUAUACAGUCAAGGGAAGAUGUUCAAAAUUUUAUUUGACAGAUGACAGAAAAUGGAAGUAAGAAGAGCACUGUCUUCUAUUCCUGUAUUAUUUGCAUUUUGUUAAUGGGUUGGAGUACUACCAAAAAUUUUCUGAAAUCUAUUAGAUCUUUGAUAUUGGUAAAAUAAAAAUUCUUUUUCCAAGUUAGUAAUCAACAAUCCUUCCAUAUUUAUUUAAUUAUUUGAUGCAAUUUAUUGUUUACUACUCCAUACUUGCACAUGCUUUUAAUCAAGAGGAAUUUCAGUUAACUUAGAAAAAUGUAAAAUAUUUAGUUUUUAUACCCACCUGACGAAAUUAUUAGUCCUCACUUUAUUCUUUAGAGUUAUUUUUUUUAAAUAUUUGAUCAUGGAUGGGUGCAUUCUAAUAAAUUUUAGUUGGUUUCUUUAUUUGCUCAUACUGAUUAAAAUAUUGAUUCAUUAUGUUAAUUGUAAAAUUUUAAUUGAUGGAUAUCAUACCCCUUUUCAAUGAGAUAUGGAUAAUAUUGUCUUUCUAUUAAUCUAAUUUAUUGUCUUUUAAUGAUAAAAAAUGUGCAUUUUGAGAGGAUACCAGUUGGAGAUAAUUAUUUGUUACUCAUGUGAAUUUUAUCAUGCUUUCUUAUCUUUGUAAUAAUGUAUUCUUAUUUAUGCUUGCAAAGCUUAAACUGUAUAUAUGUGUACAUUUGUCUUUUAUAAAGAGCACUUACUGUGUAAUACUUUAUGGACAGUUGCUAAUUUGCUAUGUAUCCAUUGCAAAUAGCCAUCUGCACUCGCAUUUGCAAUGGAGAUUCUAAUAGGUUCAGUUUAGUGUGUUUUGAGAUAGUCUCCUAUCAAGUUUAUUUAUUAUAAUUUCAUUGUUUUCAAGUCCUUAUUCAUUGAGUAUUUAAUUUUUAAAUUUUUUUUAAAAAGAACUUUGUAUUCAACAUUUCAUUUAAAAAUAAACUGCUGAAAUACCAACAAGUCACAAAUUUAUCAUAAAAUUAAGAUUUUACAAGAAUUUUCAUUAGUAUUUUAUAGUGCUCAAGACGUAUACAGAUAUAAAGUCACCUGUCUUUUCUUUUUACAUGAUCUGCUACUUAACAAAAUUACAUCAAGGUUAAUUUGGAUCAUAGGCCAUUACAAAAUAAUGGAAAUUAUUUCAUUGCAAAAUUUUUAAUUGCCAUUUAUAGGUAAAAGUGUAAUUUAAGAAUGAAAUCCCUGAAGUCUAUUUUGUCCUUUGAAGUGUUUGUGCUACAUUGGACCUGAUGACUUAAUUUUUAGUUGAUUCUGUUAUUUUAUUUUAUUUUAUUUUAUUUAUCAGUUAUUUUUAAAGUACAAUAUGAUAUUACGAAAGCAAAAAUCAAACAGUUUAGUGAAGGAGGCUAUAAGAACCAAAGACUCAUUGUAGUAUUGAUCUUGGGAAUUAAAUACUGUAUUUCAUUCUUCCUACAUUUUUGUUUUAUUUAUUUGUAAAGAAAAAAAAACUCAUCAUAUAUCAAGGUGGGGCAAUUAUGUACAUGCUGUAGUUAUACUUAUGCUUUCUAUUGUGUCAAGUCUGUGAAGUUUUUGGAAAAGACAAAAUAAAAAAGAUUUUUUUUUUUGGUAUAAAUUGGAUAGAUAUUAAAGGCUAGUUGACAUACUGUUUGACUGACCUCCAAGAUUGUGUGCAUGCAACAUUACUAGUAGAACCAUGUAUCCCAUUGUCAAGUUUCCAUGUUUUUGUUUGUAUAAUGCAGACAAACAAGAAUUAAAAGUCAUGUUCUUAAGAAAA